GUGAGGCGGCGGCGAUGUGGGUGCGGGAGCUGGCGGUGUCGGCGCCGGGGAAGGUGAUCCUGCACGGAGAGCACGCGGUGGUGCUGGGCAAGGUGGCCCUGGCUGUGGCGCUGGACUUGCGGACGUUUCUCCGCCUGCGGCCCGGCGCUGAGGGCCGGCUGAGCGUCUGCCUGCCCGGUGUCGGCGUCCGGAGGAGCUGGGACACCCCCCGCCUCCGGGCCCUGCGGGGGCGGAUCGCAGCUGACUUUGAUGAGUCCAAAUCCCCCAGCGCAGAACAGCUGGAUGCACUGAGGGAGUUUGCUGGAAUUGCUGCUGGAGCCUCAGCUCCAGAAAGCCUUGCUACUCUUGCCUUCCUGUACAUGUGCCUGGCUAUUUCUGCUAAGUAUGGGGAUGUUCCCAGUGUGGACAUCGUGGUGUGGUCAGAGCUGCCCACGGGAGCAGGGCUGGGAUCCAGUGCUGCCUAUGCUGUGUGCCUGGCUGCAGCCCUGCUCAUGGUGUGUGGAGCCAUCUCCUGCCCACUGCAGGAGGGAGAAUCCACAGCCAGGUGGACAGAAGAAGAGCUGACACUGAUUAACAGCUGGGCUUUCCGAGGGGAGCAGGUGAUCCAUGGCAAUCCCUCGGGUGUGGAUAAUGCUGUUGGUACCUGGGGUGGAGCCCUGAGAUACCAAGCAGGAAAAAUCACACCAUUAAAGAGGGUGCCCACACUGAGGAUCUUGCUGACCAACACAAAAGUCCCUCGGAGCACCAAGGUGCUGGUGGCUGGUGUAAAGGAGAAGAUCCUGAAGUUCCCUGCCAUAAUGAACCCGGUGUUGGACUCCAUCGAUGCCAUUUCUCAGGAGUGCCAAAGUGUUCUGGAAGCCAUGCCUGCAAAUCCAUCACCAGAGCAUUACCCUGUGCUGGAGGAAUUCUUUGACAUAAACCAACACCACUUAAAUGUGCUUGGAGUGGGCCACCCCUCCCUGGACAGGCUGUGCCAAGUGACAGCACUCCACAGCCUGCACAGCAAACUGACUGGAGCUGGUGGAGGUGGCUGUGGCAUCACCCUGCUGCCACCAGACACCUCCCCGCUGGCCGUGGAAGCAGCCAAGCAAGACUUGUGUGCCUGUGGAUUUGAAUGCUGGGAGACCAAGAUUGGGGCCCCUGGGGUGACCCUGCACUGCUGCUCCUCUCUGAGUGCCCGAGUGCUGCAUGAGCUCGCCCAGAGCUGAGCUGCUGCUCUGGCAGGACUGAGCUCCUGGCACCACCUCCUCGCAGCUGUGUGUGCCCAGAUGCCUGGAAACUUCUUUCCCCUCUCCUGUAUGGCUGAGGGCCUCCAGAUGUGGGUAUGGAGCCUGUUUGGAGCCUGGUGUCACUGGGAUUUGGGGCUGUGAUGGGGACCUGGGAGCAACUGCCCAGUGGUGUUUGACCAAGGCUCUCAAAAUCCUGGUUUGAAUUUCCUUCCUCAACUGCUGUGCUAAUCCCAGGGGGCAGGAGGAGAGGGGCUUGGCUGGACUCCAAGGUGGAUAAUGACACUUUGCUGCUUCGGAUGCAUGUGGUGUCUCUUCCCUCAUCCCUGGUGCCCUGUGAGGGCUGGCAAGGUGGAUGUGCACAGUGCUUUGACAUUUUUGGGUGAAGAGCAUCUUUGCAGCUCAGGGCUUGAUGCUCGAGUCUCUGUUUCUUCUGGACUACAUUCCCAGUGAAGAGAAAACCUUUGAUACACCUCUGACCUGCUAUUAAUUAAGUGUUGGGUAAUUAAAAUGCAAGAUAAAGCACAAUUCUGGUAAAAUUACUGGUUUUCACUCUUUUCCAUAAUCUCUGCCUGGGCUGAUAAGCAGAGUCCUGUAGUCAGGCUCUGGUUUUUAUUCACAUGUGCAAGGUCUGGCUCAAACAGCACCUGCAGGAAGGGCAGCUCCAGGCCAAGGGCAGGCUUAAAAUUCCUCCUUGUAAAAGCUGCUCUCUCACACUUCAGUCUUGAACCAACAUGUCCCUGACCCUGCCUGGUGUUGGGUUUACUUUGGUGUAAUUAAGUAGGGGAAAGAAACCCAAACCAUGUCCUCAAAAGCUCACCAUAAGUUGCAGUUGACAAACUCUAAAACCUAAAUGCAUUUAGAAUUAUUACACAAAUGUAAAUGCAUUUUUUACUCCUGAAAUUUUAAUGAGCUGUGCCACAGAAUGAAAGGGAAGUGGCUGAGGCCAGAAUCUCUGGAGUCAUGAGCUGACUCUGAGGGACUGUGGUCUCUGCUGUACCUGCCAAAGGGGUUUUAUCAUUGCUCUGUUUGUCUGGGGUGGGUUUCUUAAGUGGGUUUUUAAGUGUAGCUGUGUUCAAGAAUCACCCCACUCAAAGCUGAGUAAUGAAUUGGCAGAGGUGGGGAACUUGCCUUUCUCUUCCAGCCCAGGGAUAAAAAAAAUCAAGUGUGAGAAGCUGAGAUGGUCUAGCUCUAAAGCCCCAGCAUCAUGGUGACCAGCUGUAGUUCCCUGAUCCCAUGUAAAACUGUCUCUGGUUUUAAUAAAUCCAUGUUUUUUUU